AAUCUUCCACUCUGACCCAACUCAAGCUCUGAUUUAUCCUACUCCGUCGCCAAAAACUUGGAAGUAGAUGUCUUAGCCCGGGAAAAUCAAAUUUUCUCAAUAAUCAAUCUAUGGACGUUCCACGCCGUUCUUUAGCGGCGUCUCUCUCGCCUCUCCGGCUAAUCGAUGGACUCCCGCGUCGGAGGAGUUUCAAUUAUAAUCAGAUGCCUGAAGAGCCCAUCAAACUCACUGUUCUUAAGCUUGAUGGAUCUUCCUUUGGUAUUCAAGUGUUGAAGACAGCGACAGUAGGGGAGCUCAAGAUGGCAGUAGAAGCUGCGUUUUCUCACUUGCCCAUCACAGGCCCUGGGAAGAUCUCAUGGCCGCAUGUUUGGGGACAAUUCUGCUUAUCUUAUGAAGAUAAAAGACUGAUUAACGAGUCUGAGUACCUCCUUGAAUUUGGCAUUAAAGACGGCGAUCAGCUUCGAUUCAUCCGCCAUAUCUCAAACUACUGCAUGUUGAUGGUAAAGCAUAAGAGCAAGACACCCCGUAUUUCUUCUUUCAAACAACUCAAACUGUUCUCAACCACACCCGAAACCCGGAAAAAGAAUGUGAGAGAAGUUCAAGAAGAUGGUGUUGACUCCAUCCCUCGGAUCCAACCAAGCUUUCUAGCGACUGUAUUGGGAGGUUGGCUCUCUUACAAGUCGACGCCAAGUCAACGAGUGUGUGUGGCCAUGGCUGCUAAUUCGAUUAUGGCUUCUUCCAAACCCCUAAUCUCCCUCUCCUCCAACCAACAACCAAGCCGAGUCCAAAUUCCCAAAUUCGCCAAACUUCCCCAAAUUCCUAAAUCCCUCACUUCCUCCUCCGACCUCCGUAGCAAAGCACUAUCACUCUCUUCCGCCACCGCCAAAUCCUUAGCUCUAAUUGCCGCCUUCGCUCCUCCGUCAAUGGCGGAGGCGAUGGAGAAAGCACAGCUCUUCGAUUUCAAUCUCACGCUUCCGAUCAUCGUUGUUGAGUUUCUCUUCUUGAUGUUCGCGCUCGACAAAGUCUAUUACUCUCCGCUUGGUAACUUCAUGGACCAACGAGACGCUUCCAUCAAAGAGAAGCUCGCGAGUGUUAAGGACACUUCGACUGAGGUAAAGGAGCUCGAUGAGAAAGCCGCCGCCGUGAUGAGAGCAGCUAGGGCUGAGAUCGCCGCCGCGCUUAACAAGAUGAAGAAGGAGACUCAGGUUGAGGUUGAGGAGAAGCUAGCGGAGGGAAGGAAGAAGGUGGAGGAGGAGCUAAAAGAAGCUUUGGCGAGCUUGGAAAAGCAGAAAGAAGAAACCAUUAAAGCUUUGGAUUCUCAGAUUGCUGCUCUUAGUGAAGACAUUGUCAAGAAGGUUCUUCCUUCUUAAAUUAUAUAAAAUUAAAAUCAUAUUUUUGUU